AUGCAAGGACAAUCUGGGGACAUCCGACCAAAAGACGCUUCCCAGAGGCUGGCGAGCUACAUACGAAUUGCCACGAACGCUCUUAAGAACGGGAUGGACCCCAAUGAAGCCCUCCGGGAAGUUGACGCCGACGACCUACAUCUACAAGAAGCUGCGGUCCAAAUUGUUCUAAUACUGUGGAAAGCAGUACCAAAGGCUAACUCCAUUGGUUCUCCCUCUGUCGAAACGUCAGGGACUUUGCCCGACACUACAGGCGGUGGUGACCCUUCGAGAGGCCCGAACGCUAAUCCCGUCGGUUCUCCCUCUAUAGAAAUGCCAGGGACUUCGCUCAACGGCGUAGGUGAGGGUGACCCUUCGAGCACUGUUAUCGAAUGGUUUUUGCCUGGAAUCCUGUCUGGAAACUCGGCCUCGCUCUUCUCUCUCUUCCUCAUGCCUCCAAUUCCCUCGUUCGACCUUACCGAUGGCGCCCGCCUUACCGAAGCCUUUGGGAGAUACUGUCAAAACACUCUCAGACGACGGUUCGACAGCAAAGUUGUCCCGAUCCCAACGGAUAUCACACCGGGUCUGCGAGCUGAAGGUGUACAGAUUGUGAACGUUGUAGAAAAGGCUUGGGAUGGCAUGCCUUUGGUGCUCAAAUGGAACCUUUCCGACUAUUUUCGAGACCAGGUUAACGCUUCCGAAUCGCACAGGCGGGAAACUCAGCACAGAUACGCGCCGCUAGGAAAGCGCUGUAGCACUGGCCUCCUACCACUGAUCACCGACACCCAGCUCUUCGUGGAUGCCAGUGGAAACGUGGGUCUGUGGUACCUUCCGGGGAUUUUGUCGAGGCAGCGUGAGGAAAAUAUGCUGCGUGCUCUCAAAGCGUUCUCGGAUCACGCCCAAACGUGUCUCGCAAAGCUUCCUGAAGACGAAGGUCUAAACCGCUACCAAGAAUCCCCAAGCUUCGCGCUCGCCAGUGGCGUCACUUCACUCUCCUUGCUCAAGUACGCACCUUCCAUCAACCGCCCUGGUGCCUCACGAGAGUUUUUGGGCAGUUCCGCACCCCCGACCCUUCAGCUCCUUCAAGACACCAUGGAGACGUUUGUCGUAUUGGGAGGCAUCAUCGCUGUCACUCAGCCCUGGCUAUUCGACGCCGGUCUGUCAAUACUCGAAAUGCUACAUGGGCGCCGCAUUCCUGUCUCUGACCCCAUCAACCUUCGUCGAGUCAUCGGAUUCUGGACAUCACCCUUCACGACCUUCGACCUCAUUAUCAACCGCGAAACCGUGCCUCAACGCAACAUCCAAAGUCCGUGGUGGGCGUACGACCUGGUCUGGACCUUGGGUAAUCACAACGGACGCCUUGAGUGCCCAGGUUUGGGCUAUCGGUUCUUGGUGCAGGGUGGAACCAUCUUGGUGGGGGUGUUUGGAUGUCUGGAAUUCGGUAUAGCCCCUUCCAGAGGAGAGCAGGUAAACAUCAUUUGCAGCUCGUACGAAAAGGUCCUUGAUUUGAGUCCUCAUCACUUUAAUCCCAACCCUCCAACUCUAUCGAAAUGGCAGCGUUUCUUUUCCCAGUCGGAUGUACAAGCACAUGGUAUCAGUAGCUAA